AUGACAAUGGUUCCACGUUAUUCAUCUUUUCUUAUUGUCUUGUUAUUUCUUCACAACAUUUCCUCCUCAAAAGCUCUUAAAACUGGAUUUAGUGUGGAACUGAUACACCGUGACUCACCAAAAUCACCUUUCUAUCGUCCCACGGAAACUCAUUUCCAACGAGUUCAAAACGCCAUUCUUCGUUCCAUCCAUCGUGCUAAUUACUCUCGACUAGAUUCUUCGCAUGAUGUUGAGACCACUGUAAUUAGAAGUUCAGCAGGAGAAUUCCUGAUGAACUAUUCAGUUGGAACUCCACCUUUCCAAAUCCUUGGUCUGGUUGAUACUGGUGCCAGCACCAUUUGGAUGCAAUGUCAACCUUGUAAAAACUGUUACAAACAAAGCAGACCUAUAUUCGAUCCUUCCAUUUCAAGCACUUACAGCAGCAUCCCUUGUGUUGCUGCUGAGUGUCUCUCUGCGGAAAAUACUUUUUGCAGUUUUAACAAUGGGAAACAUUGCGCAUAUAGAGUCUCCUAUGGUGAUGGAUCAGCUUCAGCAGGAGAUUUCAGUUGGGACACCAUUACUCUAACUUCAAGUAGUGAAAAUCGUGAUAUAGCAUUGCCCAAAAUCGUGAUUGGAUGUGGACAUAGCAACACUGGAAUCUUUGGUGAGCAAAGCUCUGGCGUGGUUGGCCUUGGAAAUGGACCUUUCUCACUUGCAACUCAGUUAAGACCUAAAACAGGUGGAAUAUUUUCGUAUUGUUUCACGCCAAUGUAUGAAGGAGAUGUAAAACCUAGCUUUCUCCAUUUUGGAGAUCGUGGUGAGGUUUCUGUUAAAUCUGCAGUUCCAACCCCUUUAAUCAUAAACAGUGCAUUGCCAUUCAAGUACUUCUUGGAGAUGGAAGCAAUGAGUGUGGGAAGCAAGAGAAUAGAGUUUCCGAGAUAUGGUGAAGAGGGAAACAUCUUACUUGACUCAGGGACACCACUCACGUUUUUGCCAUAUGAGGUUUAUUCAAGUUUGGAAGGAGAAAUGGUAAAUGCAGUGAAUUUAGUGCGUACUGAUAGCCCAUCAAGAAAUUUGAAGUUGUGCUACGAAAUUACGUCUGGUCAACAAUAUCAAAUACCAACGGUGUUUGCACAUUUCAAAGGUGGUGCAGUUGUGGAAUUGCAUUCUAUCAACACGUUUCUGAAGGUGAGUGAAACUAAGAUAUGUUUGGCUUUUUCAGUCCAAGUUCAACCGCCAUCUUUGGGAAUGUGGCACAACAAGACAUCCUGGUUAGCUAUAACACAGAACAGAACACAGUGA